AUGAAUCUUUGGUCUAUUAUAAAUAUUGUUUUAAAUUUUAUAACAUUAAUUAAUUCAAUAUCAUCAAUAAUUAUUUGUUUAGUUAUUUUUUUGCUUGUUAUAAUUUUUCAUCGACAAACAUUAACAGUACCAUUAUUAUUAGCUUGUCAUACAUGUUUCACUUUAUUAAUAUCUUCAAUUAUGUUAGCUAGUAUGGCUACAUCUAGUUUAUUUGGAUUUUUUGGUAUUGUUAUGCAACAACAUGGAAAUACGAAAUGGUGUCAUUGGCGUGGUUUUCUUAUUCAUGCAGUUCUUUGUGUACUUUAUGAUUCAUAUAUUUUACAAGCAACAUAUCGACUUUUUCGAGUUGUUUUCUAUCGGCAGAGAAUUUUACAUAAUUUUCUUCUUUACUGUGUUAUUAUAUUUAUUGCAUCAUUAUUUGGUCUAAUAAGUAUAUCACCUGUUUUUAUCCGUGGUGAUAUUAUUUAUCUCUCAUCAGAAUAUUAUUGUCAAACACCAUUUACAAAUAUUUCAGCUAUAAUGUAUAUAGCUAUUCGUCUUUUUCUACUUCCUAUAUUAUUAAUUGCAAUAAUUUAUAUAUUUUUAUUAAAUCAUAUUCGUCAAACAAGAUUCCUUUGUAAUAAUUAUCAUCGUCGAUCGAAACAUAAUAGAAGAAAUUUAAUUGUAAUACGACGACUUCUUUUAAUGUUAACUUUUCUUAUUUCACUUGGUUUUCCAUCAAUGAUAUUUUUAAUUAUCUUAAUAUUUACUGGACAUCUUGUAUUACUAACAUAUCGAGUUGGUUGGUUAUUUGUAUCAUUUUCACUUAUUUUUCUUUCUUAUAUGCUUAUACAACUUACUAGACCAUUAAAAAAAACAAUGAGAAAAUUCUUACGUUGUGAAACAUCAUAA